AUGGAUAAUGUUUUUGAAGAAUUCCUUGAUUUUCCAGUUGAAAGUUUAGAAAAUUUGGAAACUUUCAAUUCAUUAAAUGAAUUUGAGCAAGAUUUAUUAAAGAAUGAAUCGAAACUUUGUGAGGAACUUCGGAAACUUGAUAAAAUCAUAGAACAUGAGGAAUCUCAAAAACGAUUACCAAGUGGCAAGGCAAGAGAAAAAAAUCUAGCACAGUUAUGCGCAAAGAAAGAUUUAUCGUCGUCAGGAACGACAGUUAACUUAUCGUCAAAAACACUACCAGCAGAUAUUCUUCAAUCCCAGUGUUUAUCACAUUCUUUCUUAUCUCGAUUUACGAAGACUAAUCCACUGAAAGCAUAUAAAGUAAAUGAUUUUUGA